GAAAUAAUAUUGUUUCACAAGGGCACAGAUACUUGAUUUUGGUUCAUAAGGCCGAUUUUUGAUUCGUUGCAUCAUUCAUGUCUCUUUUCUGCUAAAAUUCACUAUUUUUAUCACGUGUUUCCUAAAAAAAAAUUAUACAACAAUAAGUGUUGGGUAUGGAUUAAUAUGCCUACACGACUAUAAACGGGCCCAAGCCCACCGCAAGGCGUCCUGGGCCCAAGCCCACUCAAGGAAGCCCAAACCCUAUAUAAGGAGGCCUAACUCUCCGAACUAAAGGAUCCUCUCUUCCCUUCCCACACUCUUACUCUUAGGUCUCUCUCUAAACUCUCUCUCUCUCUCUAUACUAUAAACCGCAUACUAUAUCGUACUAACUUGGGCGUCGGAGCGUAGAUCCCGGGGGCCGCCCCCCGCCUCACAGGUUCUUCCACUCCCGAGGAGAUCAGACGAGAGAGUCCAGAUCAGAGCCCCAUAACCGCCUAGUACAUUCUAGGCUCAAACAAUUUGGCGCCCACCGUGGGGCAUCGAUCUGGAACUCUAAUGUUUGGUUUCUGAAAGAGGGAAGGAAACAACUCCUCCACCAAUUACCAGCGCCAGCUACAACGGCCAAAACCGCCCAGAGCUGCCGGAGCAAAACAAAAAUAGAAGGAAAGGAGCUUUAUGUUGGAGAAAAGAGGGGUGAAUAAAGCAAGCAGAAGCUUGGGACAAAAUGGAAGAAAUCAUAUCAUCCCCACAAAGUUCAAGGGACGGAAACAACUAGUAGCUAGAUCUUCAUUAUUGCCAGGGGCUUUCUCUUCGUCUCGCCCCAAAGAGAAGAAAACAAAAUCGGCGGUCGCCACCACCACCACCGGCGGUACAACCGGUCACUCGGUGUCGCCAGUACAACUUGUCGCCAUCAACGAUCGUUGUCUCCUUGCUCAUACCUGCCAGCAUUGACAUCACCUCUGAUCAUCUCGGAUCUGCGAAAAUGGAAAGAGGAAAAAGAAGAGCUCAAGGAAGAAAAGCCUGUUUCAUCUCCGCCGUGCAGCGCGUCGUCUUCACCGGUCGUCGCCCAGCCACUCACCUCCGCCGGCAAAGCUCGAUGCAGCCGCCAGUUGCCGCGCCAUUGCUAGUCCUCGCCGUAGUCACCAGUAGCCGCCCAGCUGCUCGUUAACGCCAGCGCCGACGUUUUCUUCCCUCUGUGUUCAUCACCAUCACCAACCAGCCAGAAAACAACGAGGCAGCAAGCCAACAAUUCAGAUUCUGGUCACCGGGGUUGCAAGCACCACCGACGUUCGACGGAAAAAGAAGAGGUCUUGUCGUGGUCACCAUCAUGGUUUUUCCCAAUGACGCCGAAAGUAGAGAAAGUUCCUUUGCUCUUUGUCAGAAAAAGCAGACAGACACAGAUAUUGAGGAGAACAGUUAUCGAGGCAGAAUGGAUGGGAAACGCUCAAGAAGAAGGGACUCAGCGUCCAAAAAGGGUCAGCCGACAUUCUCCACGCUGAAUCACUACCCUAGCCCGCUAAGGAGGACCAAACCGCCAAGGCCCACAUCCUACAUGACAGACCGCCAACAAAGCUUCAGGAUGGGCCCGCCAAGUAACAACCGCGUCCCACCUCAAGUUUCUCAACGCUGGCCCAACUUCAACGCAGUGCCACCCCCACAAGUGGACCGCCCCGCUUUGCAACUAGCCAGAUCCGGCCCCCAGCACGACCCAGCCACAUCAUGACCACCACAGUGUCGGACCUGCUUCAUAUUUAGUUGCAUAAAGCGGUCCCUCCUCACGUCGAGUGGGCCGCCGCCAUUGGGCCAGGUCUGCUUCCAUUCAGCUUCGUCAGCCCUUAAGCAAAAACAACUUCCAAUGAGAUUCGAACUCGCACCACGCUUCAAACAAGGAAGAAUGCAAACCAUCGAGCUACACAACCGCUUGAUGCUACAAAAACGACUGCCCAAUAUUUAUAUCAAGCCAAGAUUCAACAUCUUCAAGUAAAGCCCAACGCCUUCUUCACGCGGACCGCUUUCGUCCAGCCCAUCGCCCGCCUACCACUAGACCAGUCCACGAACCGGCCCGCUCAAGCCCAAUGCGGCCCGCCUCUAGCCCAAAGAGCAUCUCCCACUUUGGCGGCCCAGACUCCAGCGGCCCGCGCCUCCUCUCUCCACAUCUGGACCGCUCAAAGAAAGACGAGACACGUUCAGCAAAAAAAGUAGAGAACUGCCUCUGCCAAGCUUCGAACCAAUGACCACAACCAAGAAAGUACAAGGCGCUCACCAGCAUACCAGGAUGAUUAAUCAUGAUUCAAUUCGGUACGCUAUGUAUUUAUCAUGAUGCAAGCCCAUCUCAGGCUGACCACCUUCCAAUCGACUCACUCUGCCUCCACCACAAACAUCUCCAACGAUUUGGGCCGCCUACCAUUAGCCUGCACGAACCGCCUCCCAUUUCAGUCCAGUCCACCGCGCAAGCCCAUCUCCAAUUGUGCAACGCGGGCCCGUCUCCAACUUGCGGCCCGCGUCUCGUCAUUGAAGCCCAAGUGAGCCGCAGACAGCCCAUCAGGACUAGCACGCUCCAUCUCCUUCAGUUGUGCAACGCGGGCCCGUCUCCAACUCCGGCCCGCGUCUCGUCAUUGAAGCCCAAGUGGACCGCAGACAGCCCAUCAGGACUCCAAUUAAAAAAGAAAUAGGAAC